CCUCACCGCCCUCCCUUCCUCAGCCCGCAGCGCAGGCGCGACCGCCCCCUCCCGCUGCCCGUCGGUGUCCGGCCCUGAUCCCGGUGUGGUGGCUGCGGCUGCGCUCGUCCCGGCCGUGCCCCGGGGAGGCGGCAUGGCGGAAAGCCCGGGGCAGCCGGUAGGGAGCGACGAUCCGCGGGGAGCGGGCGAAGAAGAAGGCGCGGAGGCAGUGGGGAAGCCGCAGACCGCGCUGUGCCCCGAGGAGGCGGCGGAGGCCAACGAUGAGUCCUCCGACGGCGGGCAAGAGGCGGCCGCUGUGCCCAGCGAGGUGCCCAGCGAGGGGGGCGAUGGAGAGCCUGGGGGGGCAGCGGAGAGCCCGGGAGCGGGGCAGCAGGAGGAGGCAGAGCUGCCGGGACCCGACAGGGACGGCGCAACUCUGCCGGGAGGGGAACCGGCGGCGGCCGCCGGAGUGGACGCUACGGAGGGCUCCGCGCCGGCAGGGAUAGAGCAUGAGGAGGCGGCGGGAGAGGUGGCCACGGUAGGAACAGAGCCCGAAGAGGCGGCGGUGGCCCCGGCGGUGGCAGAGCCCGAAGAGGUGACAGCGACAGCUCCGUCAGGGUCGGACACCGAGGGCGUGGUGCAGGAGGUGAACGCGGUGGGAGCAGAACCCGAAGAGGCGAUGCGGGACGAAGCCCCGACCGGGGCGGUCCCCGAGAAGGCAGUGAGAGAGGAAGGCCAGUCCGGGACGGACCCCGAGGAGGGGGUGAGAGUGGAAGCCCCGUCGGAUCCAAGCCCCGAGGAGGGGGUGAGAGAAGAAGCCCCGUCCGAGAUAGACCCCGAGGAUGUAAUGAGAGAGGAAGCCCCGUCGGGGCCAAGCCCCGAGGAGACAAUGAGAGAGGAAGCCCCAUCGGGGACGGAACCCGAGGAAAGGGUGAGAGAGGAAGCCCCAUCGGGGACGGAACCCGAGGAAAGGGUGAGAGAGGAAGCCCCGUCGGGGACGGAACCUGAAAAGGAGUUGCGGGAAGAAGCCCGGGUGGAGACAGACCCCGAGGUCGUGGUGCGGGAGGAAGCCCCGUCGGGACCAAGCCCCGAGGAAGAAGCAGUGCGCGAAGAAGCACCGUCGGGGGCAGAACCCGAGAAGGAGGAGGAAGAGGCCCCAGCCGGAGACGAAGAGGCUUUUCAGCGCCCCGGGGAUGCAGAGGACGCGGUUCCGGCUGCAGGGGAGCCCGAUGACGGCCGGCGGUCCCCGGGAGGCCCCGACGGGGAGAACGGAGCCGAGGUUCUGCCGGAGCCCGAGCGAGGAACCGGCACCGGGGAGCCGGCGGGGGCCGGAGAGGAGAGCGCGGCCUCAGGGGGAGGAGGCGCGGCAGGGCAGCCCGGAGGGUGGCCGGGCCCCGAGGGCGGCGAGUGGGAGUCCGUGGGCCUGAGCCUGAACGGGGUGCGGGGCCGGGCAGAGGACGAGGAGGACGAGACGGGCUCGCCGGCCACGCUGGAGGAUGAGGAGGAGAAGCAAGAGUACGACAUCUCUCUCUUUGUCAAGGCUGGCAGCGAUGGGGAAAGUAUUGGAAAUUGCCCAUUCUCCCAACGUCUCUUUAUGAUCCUGUGGCUAAAGGGUGUCAUAUUUAAUGUCACAACCGUGGACUUGAAAAGAAAACCUGCCGACCUGCAGAACCUGGCCCCGGGGACGAACCCACCCUUCAUGACGUUUGAUGGUGAAGUCAAAACUGAUGUCAAUAAGAUCGAGGAGUUCUUGGAAGAAAAGCUAGCGCCGCCCCGGUAUCCCAAACUUGCACCGAAGCACCCUGAAUCUAACUCUGCAGGAAACGAUGUGUUUGCCAAAUUCUCUGCAUUCAUAAAGAACCCAAGAAAAGAUGCUAAUGAAAAUCUGGAAAAAUCUUUGCUUAAAGCCCUGAGGAAGCUGGACAACUAUUUAAAUAGCCCCUUGCCUGAUGAAAUUGAUGCUUACAGCACUGAGGAGAUCACUGUGUCCUGCCGGAAAUUCCUGGAUGGAGAUGAGCUCACCUUAGCGGAUUGCAACCUCCUACCAAAGCUCCACAUAAUUAAGGUUGUUGCAAAGAAAUACAGAAAUUUUGAUUUCCCACCUGAAAUGACAGGGAUUUCAAGAUAUUUGAACAAUGCAUAUGCAAGAGAUGAAUUUACAAACACUUGUCCUGCUGAUCAAGAAAUCGAGUAUGCAUAUUUGGAUGUUGCAAAGAGAAUGAAGUAAACAGAAGACGUUUCCCUUCUUUAUUACUUCUGAUAUUUUAUGGGCACCAGCCAAUAUGGAAACGAAAAAAAGCCAGCACGCAUUCUGCAGUGUAAUUUUAAGUUCUGUUAUUGGCCAAUCCUUCUUUUGUAAUAAUUGCGUAGCAUUGUUCGAUCAUUCUAAGAUUGUAUAUGUAUAUGGGUGUCUGUACAGAUGUACGCACACAUGAAUGUGUGUUAUGCACUCCAAGUUAAAGGCAUCAGUCAGUACUAAGGCUUUCGCUGAAGUUAGGGAAGCAGCGUAGGUCGCACGAGUAUAGCAAUAUUACAGACUAGUGACAUGCUAAACGACUGAAUUUUGCGAAGAAAUAGCCCUCUUCCUAACACGCAUUUAACCUGUCAUUACUGCUGCCUCUGAUCUGUGUUUCACAGCUGUUGCCAAAUUUUGCAGUUCCUGGGAAGGUUUCUGCUCGCUUCUCCCCAGGCCCCAGCGGCUCCACACCAAAGCUGGCAGGCACGCAACACCCUGGUUAACCCAGGAGAGAAGCCAUCUUGGAGGUGGGACCACACCUGGCUUCCCAGAAGCCCUCUCCUCUGUGCUAGAGACCUGCGGUCAGCAAAGAACAACUUGUCCUCACGUUGCGUGAACUGUCUUUGGUAUGAAAAAAAGUAAUUAGAAAGAUCCCGCCUUCUCCUCUCUCAGGGCUGCAUAACCCAUCCAGCUUCCUCCAGACAAAGAGAGGAACGCAGACUGUUGCUGGCCCGUGGAUUAUCUGAUAAUAAAUAUUUGACAAGGGAGGAGGCAGAGGCUUGGUUGUCGCUGCAGACACGGUAAAUGGGUGAACAUCUGCCCCCUGCUACUGGUGCGGGAUCUCUCUGUCAUCCUUUUGUGACUCCCAUUAGGUUUUGGAAAGCAAAGAGGAGGGUCUAAGAAAGAAGUUGUCCUUUUACACUUCCCUUUCUGGAUUUAGCUGCAGGGUUUGGAUUUUCCCAAGCAGCCAUGAGGACUUCUUUGCUGAGAGCUUUCCAAAUGUCCAGGCACUGCCCCACUGGGGACAGCAGAGGUGUAGCUCCUGCCCGAGGUGGGGGAUGGAUGAGACGAACCCCUCCAGGCUGGCAAGACCUUGUGUUCAGGGAGCCAGUACUGGUGAGAAGUAUUCUCUGGGCUUUGUGGAACGUGCUGUUGGAGAUGUGUCAACUCUCAAAAGUCACAUCCAUGGCUGCUUCUUGCUGAGCAGGGCCUCAGCAAGCACCUAGGAGCAGAGGGUGCAGCUCUUUAGUCAUAGGGGCACCUGGAAGUUUCCUUCUGAUGUGUUUUGCCUGUAUGUACAAAAUAGACAUGGAAACAGCUAGAAGUAGCUUCUGUAGCACCUACAUCCAUACAAAGACCGAUACAGAAUAGCCAUUCAUCUUUGCCCAAGUCAAAUGUAGGCUUGCUUUCUAACAAUGCAUUAUUUAGGGUAAUAUUAGGUGUUGGGUAUAUGGUGUCUGUGUGGCUUCCUCUUACACAGUUCUUUUGCAAAUGUCCUAUCAUGAUUAUUUGUAAGCAAUGUUAAAUACGCAGCUUUAAUUUCUCUAGCUUCUCUACAGAGAAAACAGGCACGACACCUUUCCCUCAGUUGUGAAGUGACACACUGGGGUUGGUAGCUGAGCAGUCACUUGUCAUUUAUUACUAACUGUUACUUUGUAUUUUCAAAUACAUACGUAAAUGUAUAAUAAUAUAUAAAAUAAAAAUCUGUAUACUCUUUUCAUAUGCCUUACAAAUUUAAAUAGAAAAUAUAUAAAUCCAUAAGUAAUUUGA